UUGGCCGCCGUGCCGUUCCCGAGCCAGGUCGCCACGCCGCCGAAGGCACCAAGGGGUGCCGAAACCCGGGAGACUCGCCUGGAAUCGGGUGAACGGCGGCCGGAGCGGCAGGAGCAGCCCGGCGGGGAGGACGCUCCCGGACCAACGAGGAGGAUGGGAGCCCUUGCGAAGGGCCGAAUCAUCGGACACCCCCGUAACCCGUACACCCCGGUGACAAGAGAAGAUGACAAGUUGGCAAGCGUCCUGCCCAAGCCUGGGAGUUCCACACUAGCAGAUCCCAGACAACGGCAGAAUAGCCUCCACAAAGCGGGGUUGCGACACCUUUGUGUGAUCUUGAUUUUGGAGCUCGUCACUAUAGGACAGGCAGAAUUGAAUUACCGUCACCAUCAGCCAUUCAAAUGGACCCUUGCCAGGUGGGAGGAUCAGCACGUGAUUAAGGAAAAUGUUACAGCAGGAGCCCCUAGCUUCUCUGCCUCCUUAUGUGACAUGGCACCCAUAAAACCCUGCCUCAACCAAAAGCCUUAUUACCUCUGUCCCGCAUCUAAUCCAGGAAAAGGGUAUUGUAACUAUCCUAACCAGUAUUAUUGUGCGUAUUGGGAUUGUGUUACUAUCGCUUCUGCUUGGACCCCUACUCCCCGAGAUAAAUAUCUAUCAAUAUCAUGGGGACCACGAGGCUGUAGACCCCCAAAAGUGGACGGGUCUGGGGGUUCUGUAGGUUCAAGUAAUUGUUCUCACCUAAUUCUCCAAAUAGCACAACCAGAAGACCCAGGAUGGUUAUUGGGAAAAACUUGGGGAAUCAGAUACUGGGAGCCGGGGACAGACAGGGGAAGUUUAAUUUUAAUCAAAAAAGAAGUGCUUCAAAGACCCCAAGCAAUCGGGCCUAACCCGGUUCUUAACCCACAAACAUCUAGACCUUUAAUACACGACGCCAAAAAUAACACUGAAGACGCGGCUCCCAGUAACACCAAGACUCUAAAUACUCUAGAAUUUGAAAUGCCCCCCCUAUGGAAGCUGUUAAACUCAACAUACCAAAUAUUGAACUCUACCAAUCCAAAUAUGACAACUAGUGAACGGGGCUAAUCCUACACAAGGUGUAUGGAACACUGCGAACAACCUAGGAAUAACGAUGCAAUAUGUAUCGGGACAAGGCACUUGUGUCGGCGAAAUACCCCUCGAGAAAAAGCGUUUAUGUACAAACGAAAUCAUAUUAGGAAAGGGAUCGAAAUCUGAUUGGCUAGUUCCUGCCAAUAAUACUAAAUGGAUAUGUUCAAAAACUGGAGUUACCCCAUGUAUGUCUCUUAAGCAGUUCAAUGGAAGUGGUGAAUUUUGUAUACAAGUAAUGAUUGUUCCAAGAAUCAUAUGCCAUCCUGAGGAAUUUAUAUAUAAUCAUCAAACCCUUUUAACUUCUCAUCAUAUACAAAAGCGAGAACCCUUUACUGCUCUGACCAUAGCUACCCUACUAGCUAUAGGAGCCGCAGGGGCAGGAACAGGAAUAGCAUCAUUAGCCGAACAAAACCAGAGGUUCCAUUCCCUCAGAAUAGCAGUGGAUGAAGAUUUGGCUCGAAUUGAACAAUCGAUCAGCGCUUUAGAAACGUCAUUGAGAUCGCUGUCGGAAGUAGUUUUACAAAACCGUAGAGGAUUGGAUCUCAUGUUUCUGCAACGAGGUGGAGUAUGUGCUGCGUUAGGAGAAGAAUGUUGCGUAUACGCAGAUAACACUGGGGUUGUUAGAGAUACCAUGGCCAAACUUAGGGAGGGUCUAGAAAAAGAAAAAGAGACAGGGAAGCCCAACAAGGGUGGUUUGAAUCAUGGUUUAACCGUUCACCAUGGUUAACCACCCUGAUAUCUACCUUGAUAGGGCCGAUCGCAAUGAUCAUGAUGGCACUGAUCUUUGGACCCUGUAUACUGAAUAGAAUCGUGUUGUUUGUCACGAGCCGGCUAGAGAAGGUUAACGUUAUGUUCCUAGAACACCAGCAGCUACUUUAAGAAUGUACCUACUCAGUGUUACCCCCAGUUGUCCCUAAAGUUACCCCAACUUUCACCCCAUUACUACCAGUUACCCCCUAACUUCCACCCUUGUGUUUUUUAUUCAAGUUUAUGACAUACACUUUUUAAAAUUGUUAUAGAGUAUAGAAUAAAAA